UCGAACGGGCCUUGAGAGUCGAACGGACCGGCUGGAAACGUUUCCUUAUCUAUAAGAGAAAAUACACAGACCACCUGCUGCGUACAUGCUGCUAGUGGUCAAUCAGUGAGAGUGCGAUUUCAUCCCUUGCCUACAUGCAGCCGCUUCAAGUUUAUAUAUCGUGUCAUGCUCCUAUCUUCCAUUCCAUGGUCCACCUCUCCGGCUCACUAGCCCCCGAUAAUACAGCUACCUCGGUACACCAGAUCGCCCUGUGGACGCUAGCUACGAGUGAUGGACACCGUUGCCGCGUGGCCGCAGUACGGGGGGCAAGAGUACAGGACGGUGUGGCCGGAGGAGGAGUACCGGACGGUGUGGUCGGAGCCGCCGAAGCGGCGGGCGGGGCGGAGCAAGUUGCAGGAGACGCGCCACCCGUUGUACCGCGGCGUGCGCCGCCGUGGCCGGGAAGGGCAGUGGGUGUGCGAGCUGCGCGUGCCGGCCGGAAGCCGGGCUUACUCCAGGGUCUGGCUCGGCACCUUCGCCACUGCCCAGAUGGCGGCGCGCGCGCACGACUCGGCCGCGCUCGCGCUCUCCGGCCGCGAUGCCUGCCUCAACUUCGCCGACUCCGCCUGGCGGAUGAUGCCCGUCCACGCGACCGGGUCGUUCAGGUUGGCCGCCGCGCAGGAGAUCAAGGACGCCGUCGCCGUCGCCCUCCAGGUGUUCCGGGAGGAGGAGCGCCCUGCGGACGUGUCAACGGCGCCGUCUUCCGCGGCCGUGGUGAGCGCGCUCUCCAUCGUUCCCACCGACCUGUCGGGGCUCGACAACGAGCACUGGAUCGGCGGCAUGGAGGCCGGGUCGUACUACGCGAGCUUGGCGCAGGCGAUGCUCAUGGAGCCGCCGGACGACGGAGCGUGGCCGGAGGACCGCGAACACGACGACGGCUUCGACACGUCGCUGUGGAGCUACUAGUUCGAUCCACUGAUUAAGCAGGAGUAUUUGUUAGUACUGGCUUGUGUUUCACCAAAUAUGGGAAGAACAGGGAGUAAGCAUCGGGGGAAAGGUUUCCCCCCAAAUGUGAAAGCGCUCGGUUUCUACUCCCGGAAGGGCACACCUCAGCUUCCUUCUUUAUUCAAUAAACAAAUGGAAAAAUGAGCACUACUCUUUUCACUCAAA